GCUGCUAAUGCGUCACAUUUGUACUAUGACAGACCACCGAUCCACAUCAUAAAAUUUUAUCUACACAAACGGGACGUCUGUGCUUAAUACGGAGCAAAAACACUAGGAUUCUAUCAUUUAUUCAAAUCUGGAAUAAGCGCUACAUAAGGAAAAAUUGCCAUUUGUCAUUUAACUGGUGGGACAAGUGCUGGUUUAUAUUCUGUGAAAUGGCAGCUGGAAUAAAAUACAUCUUCCAGAAGGAACUGUUCGAUGCACUUGAUGAACGCAUUUUAUCCGUGUGCAAUGUUAGCAAAUUGCAUAAAAGGAAAAAAACGUCUUACUUGUGUAUCGUUUCUACGAUCAAACCCAGUGUUAUAGUUAGUGUUUGCCAGAUAAAACAGUACGACAAAGCCGUAUAUAAGAAAAAGCGUUCCUGGUCAUUGGAGGAGAUAAAGUGCGUCGAUGGUCGCAACGAAGCUACGGAUACGCACGACUUCGAUAUGUUGCUGGAUAAACCGUAUCGAUGGUUUGCAGCCAAUCUACAUGAACGACAAAAUUUCAUUACGGUUUUAUGGAAACAAAUUCAUAAGCAUUGCACCGUUGGAGAGAAGGCCGUGUUCAAAAACAUCCCCAAACAGUGGCUUUCGGAAAAAUCGCCGGAAAAACAAAUUGAUGAAAAAUACCCCAAUCACGGGGGCGCAGUUUCUGCGGACGAUGAAGAUGAAAUUGAAGGGUUUGAGAAUGAGGAUUUCCACGCCCUGACCGAUAAGGAAGAAGCGCACCUUAGUAAACUUGUUGCAGAAUGCGAUUACGCGAUCAGCAAUGCUGAAUUGUUUAUGGAUGAUUUGAGUCAUAACCUUUUGCAGCUGGAUGGUGCAAAUAUACAAAGCGUUCUAGAGUCAGAAAAACAAGUCCAAAUGCUAAUGGAAAGGAUCGAAGAAGCGAUUAAAGAAGCUGAAAAGGUAGAGAAACGGCUAGACGACUACGACGAAAUACUUUGUCACGUAAGAGAUACGAUGGAAAAGAUGGGAGAAAAGAAUCAAAUGAUUGAGAUUGCUAAUACCAACAAUGUUCGACUGUUGCUAGAACUGGAAAAAGUAGUUACGCAGCUCGAUUUGCCGCAUGUUCACCAGCUUGCGCUGACAGAUACUGAUCUAACUCCAAAGGGUUUGCCAGCAGCUAUAGCAGCAGGGAAAGCACUGCAGAUGGCAAUGAACAGUGACAUCGACCCAGCACUUUUGCGCCUUACAGCUGUUCAAGAUCAGCGCAAAAGAUUCGAAAAAUGGAAGGCAAAAUUUUCGCAAACAAUAAGCCGUCAUUUGAAUAAUCUAUUCAUCCAUCUUGGCAAUCUUGGAGAUUCGCAAACACCUUUCACAAAUGAAUUGUCGCUUCCAAAGCACCAGAACGUGCAUAAAGAGCUAUGUACGUUCAUGGAGCUUAUGCACUGGAUGAAAACUAUGGAUAGAAAGGCAUACGAUGCCCUUAUUAAAGUUUACACUGCUUCAUUAAGCAAAGUUUACGACCGGGACAUUCAGAUAUUUUUCGAAAACGCUAAACAAGCACUGACACUAAAGCAAUUCAGCUCUAGAGAGGAUAUUAACAAUAGUUCAAUAAGCAACAAAUUAAAACUUGGUCCACAAUCAAACAAACAACCAGCACAGCCGUACGGCAUUUUAGGUACCAGCAAAGAGAUGUGGUCUCCAGGCGCAGAAGCAAUUGAGCGGCAACGAUUUGAUUCAAUUUUGGAAAAGGUGCUUGCGGAACUAGAACCAGUGGCAUUAAGCGAACAGCAUUUUUGCAUUGCGUUUUUUCAAUUGGACGUAAUUAGUCCUACGGCUAAAAAUACGCAAACAACACUGGAUGCUGCUAGUAACGAGACAGUGAACCAAAAGGAUGAACGAGAUACAGCUCCACACAUUCCACAGCGAAGGCUUGAUCGUCAAAUUAACGAAGAUGUCCGCCGUAUGAUGGGGGAAUUAUUUGCUAACCUUGAAACGGAAAUAAACAAUUUUAUCUUGAGUUUUGAAAAACUAGAUAACUACUACUCAUUGUACGUGCUAGUGCGUCUUACACAACAUGUAAUGUCGGCCCAAGACGCACAGUCCUUUCUAAGCAUGACGUUUGCUUCAGCUCUUAUACACGUGAAACGAAGCUUUGAUAAAUUUAUGCAAUCACAGUUGCAGUCAAUUGAUGAAUCUAAGCUUCCGAAGCGCUCUAAAUGUGGCCUUCUACCUUACGUGGAAAACUUUGAAGAAUUCGCCGUAACCGCUGAAAACAUUUUUAAGAAAACGGAGCGCCGAAAUGAUCUUGAUAAAUGGUACCUUAAACUGGUGGAAGCAAUUUUCGAACGCAUUCCUGUGCACGCCGCCGAACAUUCAAAAACGCCGCACCAAGUAGUAAAAAUGGAAAACUAUCAUCGAAUGCACUCCACGUUAUCUCAACUAAAGAUUCCAGUUUUGGAAUCAUUGCGAAAGGAAGCAAAAACACGAUAUAAUGAUGCACAGAAAGCAUACGUUACUAAAUACUUUGGCCGGCCGCUAGAACGACUAAACCAAUUUUUCGAAGGAAUACAAGUGCGUGUGCAGCAAGGUGUGAAAGAUACCGAAAUUAGCUACCAAAUGGCGUACUCUAAGCAAGAAUUACGUAAAGUAAUAAGUCUUUAUCCAGCCCGUGAAGUAAAGAAGGGACUUGAGCAACUGUACAAAAAGGUAGAAAAACAUCUUUGUGAGGAAGAAAACUUGCUACAAGUAGUGUGGCGAGCUAUGCAGCAGGAAUUUAUAAACCAAUACAACUCAUUAGAGCAAUGGAUCCAACGUUGUUAUGCCGGUUCAAUGAUAACUCUAGAGUUUACCAUCAACGACCUGUUGGAUUUUUUCUCUGAGAUAGCACAGUCACAUUAGGCCGAAGAAGAGCUCCAGGACAUAAUUAAAACGUUUAUUAAACAGCCCAUCCAUACAAGUCGAAGAGUGCUUCGGUUUUAAUAAACUGGCCCAUCGUCUAAA